AUGCGCUUAUUGAACUUUUUGACGGUCCUGACGGCUGCUGCCGGGGGACUUUCUGUUGAAACUUCCUUGUUGAGACGCGAUGAUGCUUCUGCCACCAACGACACUUCGUCUGCCCCCAUUCCUAAUCGCUAUAUCGUGGAGUUUGCAGAGGGUGUUAAUCCUCAACAAGCAGCGAGUGAUCUCGCGAAUGCAGGGGCUUCUGUGCUCAAAAUCUUUGACUCAGAUGUCUUCAGUGGUGCAUCAGUAUUGAAGAUCAAAUUAACAGCCCCUAUUGCAACUUCACAAACGUUCGGUCCUGGUGCGGCAAGUGCCAACUUCUCCGUCCAUCACAUGACUGGCGUGGAUAAGCUUCAUGAAGCCGGAAUUCUAGGAAAGGGUGCUAAAGUAGCUGUUGUCGAUACCGGCGUUUGGUAUCCACACCACGCGCUUGGUGGUGGUUUUGGACCUGGGUUUAAAGUUGCUGGGGGUUACGAUCUUGUUGGCACUUGGUGGGGUUAUAACACUUCAGACAAAUCACCAAAGCCAGAUCCGCUAGAUGGCCUAGGACAUGGAACUCACGUCUCGGGAAUCAUUGCCGGACAGGCCGACAGCUAUGCCGGGGUAGCACCUGAGGCUUCCUUGUACGUUUACAAGGUUUUCGGUGAUUAUGCAGACUACACCGACACUGACACACUUAUCGAUGCCUUCCUGAUGGCGUACAGCGACGGGGCCGAUAUCAUCACGUCAUCUGUUGGUGGUCAAUCUGGCUUCUCAGAUGAUCCAUGGGCGGUGACCGCCUCCCGUCUCGCGGAAAAGGGCGUGGUAGUAACUAUUGCCAACGGCAACGACGGUACUAGUGGCCCCUUUAGUGAGAGUAAUGGCUCGAACGGCGAGUUUGUUCUCGCCGUAGCUUCUGUCAAUUCCGAUGUCACUGCAGAGGCUGCUUUCGAGGCUACAUUCGAAAGCCAUACUUCGAAUAAGAUCACUGUCUCAUACCAAGCGUCAGUCUUCUGGGACUCGGCUGCAUAUGAUGGAUGGCCUAUCGUUCCAUUUAAUACUGAUCCUUCUGCCCCAACCGACGCCUGCCAUGCGUUCAAUAGCGGCUGGAAUCUCAACUACACAAACUCCAUCGUUCUCGUCAGUGACGGUGCAUGCAAUUGGCAGACGAAGCUCUCUGUGCUCAAUGCUUUACACAAUUAUACAUUGCCUAUCCUGAUAUACACUUCUCAAUAUCCUGUUAGCGCAUUUUUCAACGGCUCUGGAGAUAGCACGGUCGGCUAUAUCACUCUCGAUGCAGGUGAAAACCUCAUGCAGGCUCUUCGGACUGGUGUUAAAGUGACAGCAAGUUUCAAGAACACUGUCGAUAAUCUUAAAUUUCUGCCGAGCCCGGCUUUCUAUGGAGGAGGAAUGCCCAGUUAUUACAGCAGCGUUGGCCCCACGAACGAUUUAGCAUUGAAGCCGGAUGUUGCAGCACCUGGUGGAGACAUUUUCUCGACUUACCUUGACGAUGGCUGGGCAAUAUUAAGUGGCACAUCUAUGGCUACUCCCUACAUUGCCGGUGUUGCGGCGCUCUAUAUUGACUUGUCAAUGAGAAUCAUUGCGUCUGGAAAAUCACUAGACUGGCUUUCUGACCCAUUGAAUCCCGUCACCUCUGACAUCCGAGCUCCUGUUUUCCAGGUCGGUACUGGCCUGGUGAAUGCGUCCAAAGUCCUGAACUUCCAAACGAGCCUCCCGCAUCCAAUUACUUACACGUUUUCUGUCGAAGCUAGCGGCGCAAUAGAUACGAUGGUAAGCAACCAGGACCCCUCAGGAAAGCCUGUUGUUGGAGUGUACACUCAAGUCUUCGCUGCUCCCUACGCUGCUAUCCCGUCAGUUACGCUGCCUCACGGCACAUUUACCGUCAAGCCAGGCCAGACAAAGACGGCGAACAUCAACUUUAUGUAUCCAUCGGGCUUGAACGCGACCAACUUGCCGUUAUACAGUGGAAAGAUCAUCAUCACGGGAAGCAACGGGGAAUCACUCGCAGUACCAUACAUGGGUGUCGGUGCAAACAUUCAUAAAGACCUGGAUUCGGUAUUCUACUACGGCAGCGGGCUUCCUGGCAUCACCUCUGGGAGCCGAGGAACACCAAUCGGAGACGCUCCUAGUUGGAGCUUCAAUGUCAACCCUUUCGUCAAGUCUUACCCUACUUUGCGUCUUGCUUUCAACUUUGAUACAACUGAGUUUCGCUGGGAUAUAUUCGAGUCAACUUGGAGGGAAAAAGACUGGACGUACCCUCCUGUCGUCGACAUACCAAGAAGCAUUAGUGGUUCAUAUGCGUGGCUUUGGUUUGGACAACUCGCGAACGGGUCUCAGAUGACACCAGGAACAUACUGGAUGAGAUUGGCGGCACUACGCCCAUUUAGUACCAACCCACAAAAUUCCGACAAUUGGGACAUCUUCACAACGCUGCAAUUCCAAGUUACUCCUCUCCCUACUUAG